AUGCCUUUGGCUAGAGAUUUACUAUAUCCAUCCUUGGAAGAGGAAAAGAAAAAACGUAAAAAGAAAUGGCUAGUUCAAAGUCCAAAUUCUUAUUUCCUGGAUGUGAAAUGUCCAGGUUGCUAUAAGAUUACCCCAGUUUUCAGCCAUGCUCAGACGGUAGUUCUUUGUGUAGGUUGUUCAACAGUGUUAUGCCAGCCUAUAGGAGGAAAGGCUAGACUCACAGAAGGGUGUUCAUUUAGAAGAAAGCAACACUAAU